AUGUACGCUGCCUGGGAGGCCUGUGGGGUUCAGCUCUGUGGCACGGCAGCCAGGCGUCGACACACAGACCUGGCCGGGUUCUCGGGGGCCCAUGGCCCCCGCAGGACGCUGGCCACGCUGAAGGGGGUGAAUCGCGUGCGUUUCGGCUCCUCCUCUUCAGUGCGCAGUGGGGGCGUGAUCAGAACUCGCUACAAAAUCACCCGUCGCACAGGCCCCGCCCCCAACCCCACGCUCAGCCCCGCCCCCAACGCCUCGCUCAGCCCCGCCCUCACCUGGAGAGCCAAGAGACUGCAGUCUGCCAGGGCCCUCCUGCUGACCCGCCAGGCCUGGAGGGGGCGGGGCAUGCGCUGGAUAGGCGGGGCCCUCUACCGCGUCUCUGCCAAUAAGCUGUGCCGGACCGCCCCUUCCAGCAGUGCUGGCUCCGCCCCCACACCACGGCAACGAACAGGGAAGUGGAGCGGCCCGGCGGACGGCGUGUGGGCCCCCGGGCGGGCGGUGCAGAGGAGCCUGGCCAUCGUGCGUCAGGCGCGGCAGCGGCGGCAGCAGGGCCGGCAGUACUGCAUGUACUACAACCGCUUCGGCAGGUGCAACCGCGGCUCCGCCUGCCCCUACAUCCACGACCCCGACAAGGUGGCCGUCUGCACCAGGUUCCUCAGAGGCACCUGCAAGCAGACGGACGGCUCCUGCCCCUUCUCACACAAAGUGUCUAAAGAGAAGAUGCCCGUCUGCUCCUACUUCCUGAGAGGAAUCUGCAGCAACAGCAGCUGCCCCUACAGCCACGUCUACGUGUCGCGCUCGGCGGCCGUCUGCCAGGACUUCGUCAGAGGGUACUGUCCCAAAGGAGAGAAGUGUAAGCAGAAACACACCCUGCUGUGUCCGGACUUCUCCAGCAGUGGGGUCUGUCCUCGCGGCUCCCAGUGUAAACUCCAGCACCGGCAGCGACCCAAACGCUCCAGACCCAGCCCGACCACCAGCACCCCCAAACGCCCCCGCGGCCCAGAGCCCCCCCCCAGAUCAGAAGGGGCGGAGUCCGCGGGUGAAGCCCCGCCCUCCUCCGGGCACGAGACGCUCCCGUCCUUCAUCUCCCUGCCCAGCUCCCCGCAGCGGGAGGAGGGCCCCGCCCGCGCCCGGCCCCCCGGGGCCCGAGGGCCCAGAGAAGCCACUCCAGAUCAAACCACGCUUCUGAGAGCUCUGGAACCCCCCCCCCUCCGGAACCCUGGAGCUGCACAAGUUCUGCCAGGCUGCGGGCUCCUCCUGAACACUGCCAGAACCUGAACACACGGCCAAGAACCUGAACACACGGCCAAGAACCUGAACACACGGCCAAGAACCUGAAAAUAAGGCCAAGAACCUGACUACACACCCAGAACCUGAACACACGGCCAAGAACCUGAACACACGGCCAAGAACCUGAACACACGGCCAAGAACCUGAACACACGGCCAAGAACCUGAACACACGGCCAAGAACCUGAACACACGGCCAAGAACCUGACUACACACUGCCAAGAACCUGAAAACAAGGCCAAGAACCUGACUACACACCCAGAACCUGACUACACACCCCAGAACCUGACCACACACCCAGAACCUGACCACACACCCCAGAACCUGAACCCACGUUGCGUGGAUACAAUGGAGAGCCUGAAACCAUGUGCUGUCUGUCUCCUGACGCAGCUGUUCUUUCUUUUACUCUGUUUCGUUGCACCCAGGGUACCAGAGCCAUGCAGGGUUUACCGCCGUUCAUUUCAGCCUCGACUCAUCCCACACGCUUCACCCGCUGACCGCUUUCACCUGCACCUUCACCGGAAAUGUAUUUUCAAUUAUUUGUGUAAAGUGUUGCGUGUGUGUGUGCGCUCCUGAAUAAAUGUGCUUUUUAAAAA